AUGGCCACAAUAUUUUCCAGCAAUAUAACUGACACAACAAUAUUCUCACCAAGUCAAGUGGGAUUUGUCUGGAACUUUAUAGUUGAUCGAAUCAAUAAGAACGAAUCGGUAGAAGCAAUUUGUUUUACGUUAGCAUCGAUGUUACGUACGUGUUCUUUCAUGAAGAAUACAACCAAUGAUUUUGAUAUACGACAUAAUAAUCAAUACGGUGGUUCUGGAAUAUUAAGUUUAGGUCUCUAUCUUCAUAGUUAUCAAUAUUUACCUUAUACGACGAACGUCGUUGGUGCGGUCAUUCUUGUACAUGAUAAUAAUCAACUUCCAUCUAUUGAGUCGUCUGGAGUCGAAUUAGGACCAAGAAGAAGAGAACUGAUCUUCUAUCUUCACCGUAUACAAACGUGUAGCUGUAUCAAUCCGUUUCUAUGGAAUGUUCGUAUUAUUGUUUUACCAGGAACGAAUAAGACGAUUGUCGCACCUCUUUGUGCUGCGAAUAAUCCAUGUGCUUAUCAAACGUUCUCUUCGUUAAUCGAAGAUUCAUCGUUACUAAUGGAUUAUUGUUCUGAAUGUUCUCAAGAUUGUUCAUUGAUAAAUUUUCCCACUCAAUUAUCAUCUUCUCAAGCAUUUGUUGAAAAUUCUUCUGUUCGAUUACCUGCGAACUGGUCGACUUUGUCAUACGACUAUAUUCAACAAAAUUAUCUGACGAUCAACAUUGUAACUGAGACCAAUAUUGUCGAAACCAAUGCACAAACAGCAGCCAUGGGUAUUGUUGAUGUUAUAUCAAAUAUCGGUGGUCAAACAUGA